AUGAAAGCAGUAGCGCGGUCACACAGUCUCCUCCUAGACCACAUACCCACCGACGUCCUCGCUCAUAUCCUCGCCUUCACCUCGCCCCUCGAUGCCGCCAGGUCCUCCGCCGUCUCCAACAAUUUCCGCAGAGCCGCCGCCUCUGACGCCGUCUGGGAUCGCUUCCUGGCGCCCGAUAUCGACGCCAUCGUCUCUCGCGCGGUUGCCCCCGUCGAGUUCCCCUCCAAGAAGGACCUCUUCGGCGGCCUCUCCACCCGUCCCAUCCUCAUCGACGGAGGCGACGCGGUGACAAAACAAAAUCCCUCUUUUCUCGCCUUACCACUUCGCUUUUCAUCGCUGACGCCAAUCGUUCGAUCGCAGAGUUUCGCGUUGGAGAGAUCCAGUGGCAAGAAGUGCUUGAUGUUAUCACCGAGGAAACUAUGGAUUGUCUGGGGCCAAGACACCAGAUACUGGACCUUCACUCCCCACCACGAGUCCAGGUUCGGGGAGGUAGCUGAGCUGCUGGUCGUCUGGUGGUUCGAUCUCGGCGGCGUAAUCGAAACCACCAUGCUGUCUCCUCGAGUCACUUACGGCGCCUUCCUGGUCUUCCAACUGACAGAACACGCGCAAGGGUUCAGCUCGCCGGCGCAGGAAGCGUCGGUCCACGUCGGAGCUCAGGCGGCGGGAACCCUUGUAGCUCUGCAACUGCCUAUCGGUGCCGAGGAGGUGCGGACUCCGUGGAACAGGGAAGAUGGAUGGAUGGAGAUAGAGAUGGGGCGAUUUCUCAGUGAUCAUGAAGACAGAAGUGUGCAAGUGCUAUUCCAUCAGGUGCGGGUAAUGAAUUACAAGACAGGGCUGUUAGUUCAAGGUAUUGAGUUUAGGCCUGUUAUCCCGCAAUGA